GAGUGAGUGGAGAGACGGACGCGGAUACAGACCGACCCGAGUCAUCGCGAGUCAAGUUAACGCUUUCUCCGCCCCCCGUGCACAGCCAACCCCCCUCCCGCGCUAAUUAAUUCCAAACAAAGCAAGCCAAUCAAGGCACGCAUUAUCAUUUUCCAGCAGAGGGAGGCGAGAGACAUGUAUUUUUAAUUGAUUUAUUUAUUUGGAGGACAUUAAUGCUCGGUUUGGGGCUGAUUUUCAAACCGCUCGCCAAGCGCGGCUCCAUUGUUCGCCGUGCGCCCAGGCGCCGCCCCCUGCUUUGUGUGCGGCGCGCGGAUUGGCCGGCGCGCGCGGGGGCCGCGUCAGCGCCCGCGAGCCCAUUCAUCUGUGCACUUGGGCGUUGGACCCCGCAUCUUAUUAGCAACCAGGGAGAUUUCUCCAUUUUCCUCUUGUCUACAGUGCGGCUACAAAUCUGGGAUUUUUUUUAUUACUUUUUUUUUUUAGAAACUACACUUGAGCUCCUUUUUUGUGCUCGAGUUUUCCACCUUUUUCCCUCCUUACUGCGCUGCUGCUUUUUUGAUCACAGAGACUAAAAAAAAUUUUUUGAAUCCGGAGUGCAUUUAAUCGGUUCUCUUCUGUCCUCUUCACCGCCCCCACCCCCUCCCUCCGGUGUGAGUGUGCCGCCGCUGCUGCUCGCGCCGCUGCUGCCGCCGCCGCUGCUGCUCGCCCCGUCGCUUCAACAACCCAAGGCUCUUUGUUUCCCUCUCGGAUCUGUUGAGUUUCUUUGUUGAAGAAGCCAGCAUGGGUGCCCAGUUCUCCAAGACCGCAGCGAAGGGAGAAGCCGCCGGGGAGAGGCCCGGGGAAGCGGCAGUGGCCUCGUCGCCUUCGAAAGCCAAUGGGCAGGAGAACGGCCACGUGAAGGUAAAUGGCGACGCUUCACCCGCGGCCGCCGAGCCCGGCGCCAAGGAGGAGCUGCAGGCCAACGGCAGCGCGCCGGCCACCGACAAGGAGGAGCCCGCGGCCGCGGGGAGCGGGGCCGCGUCCCCCAGCGCGGCCGAGAAGGAUGAGCAGGCCGCCGCCGCCCCCGAGGCCGCGGGCAGCAGCCCCGCGGAGAAGGAGACCCCCGCGGAGGCCGAGGCGGCCGAGCCGGGCUCGCCCACGGCCGCGGAGGGCGAGGCCGCGUCGGCCGCCUCCUCGACGUCUUCGCCCAAGGCCGAGGACGGCGCCACGCCCUCGCCCAGCAACGAGACCCCGAAAAAAAAAAAGAAGCGCUUUUCCUUCAAGAAGUCUUUCAAGCUGAGCGGCUUCUCCUUCAAGAAGAACAAGAAGGAGGCCGGAGAGGGCGCUGAGGCCGAGGCCGCGGCCUCCGCCGAGGGCAGCAAGGACGAGGCCGCCGCCGCCGGGGGCGUCUCCGCGGCCGCGGGGGAGGCGAGCGCCGCGUCCGGGGAGCAGGCGGCGGCCGCGCCGGGCGAGGAGGAGGCGGCGGCGGCCGGCGAGGAAGGGGCCGCAGGCGGAGAGCCGCAGGAGCCCAAGCCCGAGGAGGCCGCCGCCGCGGCGCCCGAGAAGCCGUCCAGCAGCGAGGAGCCCAAGGCCGCCCAAGAGCCCAGCAAGGCCGAGGAGAAGGCCGAGGAGGCGGCCGCCUGCGAGGCGCCCUCCGCCGCCGGGCCGGGCGCGCCCCCGGAGCCGGAGCCCGCGGCCCCCGCCGAGGAGCCCGCGUCCGCCUGCGCAGCCCCCUCACAGGAGGCCCAGCCCGAGUGCAGUCCAGAAGCCCCCCCAGCGGAGGCGGCCGAGUAGAGGAGCGAGCGUUUUUUGAGAUAAUCCAAGAACUUUUCUCCCUCACCCCCGUUUGUUUGUUGGAGUGGUGCCAGGUACUGGUUUUGGAGAACUUGUCUACAACCAGGGAUUGAUUUUAAAGAUGUCUUUUUUUUUUUUUUUCAAUUUUUUUUUUAAGCAGCAAAUUUUCCCUUCCCCCCUCCGCACAGAUCCCAUCUCAGAUCAUUCUGUUACCACCAUUCCAACAGGUGGAGGAGAGCUUAAACACCUUCCUCUGCCUUGUUUCUCUUUUUUUUAUUAUUUUUUUUUUUGCAUCAGUAUUAAUGUUUUUUGCAUACUUUGCAUCUUUAUUCAAAAAUGUAAACUUUUCUUUGUCAGUCUAUGGACAUGCCCAUAUAUGAAGGAGAUGGUCAAAAGGGAUAUCAAAUGAAGUGAGAAGGGCCACAGUGGGGAAGUCAAAGUGGUGCAGAGCCUUGCCAAGAUGUGCCACUAUCGAUGAUGGUGUAAAGGCUUCGUCUUCUGUUUUGUUUUGGUUUUUUUUUUUUAAGAAAAGUUAUUAUGAUGUAUUUUGUGAGGCAGGUUUACAACACUACAAGUCUUGACUAAGAAGGAAAGAAAAAAAAAAACAAACACCAAUACCCAGAUCUAAAAAAAAAAAAAGGAAAAAAAAAAGAUCAUAGUCUUAGGAGUUCAUUUAAACCAUAGGAACUUUUCACUUAUCUCAUGUUAGCUGUACCAGUCGGUGAUUAAGUAGAACUACAAGUUGUAUAGGCUUUAUUGUUUAUUGCUGGUUUAUGACCUUAAUAAAGUGUAAUUAUGUAUUACCAGCAGGGUGUUUUUAACUGUGACUAUUGUAUAAAAACAAAUCUUGAUAUCCAGAAGCACAUGAAGUUUGCAACUUUCCACCCUGCCCAUUUUGUAAAACUUAAAAGUCAUCUUGGACCUUUUAAACACAAAUUUUAAACUCAACAAAGCUGUGAGAAGUGAAAUGGUUACUGUUUAUACUGUGGUAUGUUUUUGAUUACAGCAGACAAUGCUUUCUUUUCCAGUCGUCUUUGAGAAUAAAGGAGAAAAAAAAUCUUCAGAUGCAAUGGCUUUGUGUAGCAUCUUGUCUAUCAUGUUUUGUAAAUACUGGAGAAGCUUUGACCAAUUUGACUUAGAGAUGGAAUGUAACUUUGCUUACAAAAAUUGCUAUUAAACUCCUGCUUAAGGUGUUCUAAUUUUCUGUGAGCACACUAAAAGCGAAAAAUAAAUGUGAAGAAAAUGUA